GUUUCAGCUUUACCAUUGCUGUUGCAGGCCGCGCAGAUAGCACACAGCCCUUCCGAGCCGAUAGACGUACAGUUAAGAACGAUGGCUUCAAAUGUUUCGAAUACCUCUCCCACAGCAAACCAACUCGUCUGUCCGUAUCAUCCUGCUGCGGCAUUGGUCGACGACUACCAUACCGGCGACAUGAUAUGCUCCGACUGUGGCCUUAUCGUCGGUGACCGUAUGAUCGAUCCGUCCAGCGAGUGGCGCACGUUUAGCGACGACCCAAGCCGUCCGGAUCCAUCCCGUGUCGGUAGCACCGAUCCAGUACUACAAAAUCUGGCCACGUUUAUACAACCUUCUGCCAACGGCUUUGAGCCGCCCAACCAUUUCUCCUUCCUCAAAAUGGACACCACAACGCGCAAGCUAAUGUUCGGCUUCGCCAUGAUCGCCACUAUGGCGGAACGCAUCAAUGCACCGGCGUCGAUCGUGAGCCAUGCUAAAACCAUCUUCAAGCAAGCGCUGGAAUCGGCCGCGCUAACCCAUCGGUCGAUAGAAGCAGUGUCUGUAGCCUGUCUGUACAUCGCUUGCCGGCAGGAAGGUGUGCCACGUACCUUCAAGGAGAUGUGCGCGGUUUGCUCGGCCAGCAAAAAGGAGAUUGGGCGCUGCUUUAAGCUAAUCACCAAGGUGCUGGCUACAUCGCUGGAUCACAUCACGUCCGAAGAUUUUAUGCAGCGCUUCUGUUCGAAGCUGUUUCUUCCGCACGAAGUGCAAAAGGCAGCGACGCACAUUGCGCAGAAAGCGUUCGAAGCGGACCUCGUGCCGGAUCGGUCGCCCAUCUCGGUGGCGGCUGCCGCCAUCUACAUGGCCUCCCAGGUGUCCGCUACGGCGAUGAGCCUGAAAGCGGUGGCAGCGAUUGCCGGUGUCGCUGAGCAGACGAUCAAGCAGUCGUACAAGCUGAUGCACCCGCACGCUUGGGAGCUGUUUCCAAGGACGCACCUGUUCUACAAGCACAUCGGCAUGCUACCAACCUGGAAGCGGUUGGUUUAGGAAUUUCAUUUCAUUGCUUAACCGGCUGAAGGAUCACCGCAGAACUUUUCCGCCAUUACCGUGAGCACGUGUUCGAACUUGGCGUGACGCUCCUCGGCCGGCACCAGUGCGCCCUUGCUGCCCCACAGGAAUUUCAUCUGAAACUCAGUCCUACGUGGCAAAAGUGAGAAGUGUCUACUCACAUGCUAUCCUGCUCCGUGGCAGUGCUGGCCGUUUUGGCACUGCGCGCCCCAUCCACUGCCACGCUGUGCCGCAGCUGGGCCCUUUUCUGCUGAUCGUCCGCUCCAUUCCGCUGCGCCGACUUCACGUGCGAUUCUGUGGAAGCAAGUCGAAAAGCGAAACCGUUUGCGCCUCGCCAAAUACUGGAACGCUGAACUAGAAGCAAAGGUGGGGAAACGUACGCGAAACAGGAACGCAACAGAACGCCCGCAAAACACACUGCUGCUGACGGCGCAAACUUUUGCGCAUGAUAAUCAACGACAGGGAGAAGGGCCGCUUUGCCACAAAGAGGGAAUUUAAAUUCGAAAAACAAGGGAAUAGUUUGAAAAGACAAAAAACGCGCGAUCGAACCUGUACCGACGUGCGGUGAUGACUGAGUAGAUUUGUAAACGGUUUGUUUGCUGCUGGAAGAGGGGCCGUUAGACAGUUAGCUGCUAAACAGUUGAUACAGCUGUGACAAAAGUAUCGCCUUGGGAUGUGUUCUACAGCGUACAGCGUUUUGCAGAACACAAUUUCAUACUUGCUGGAGCAUUAAAACCAUUAAAUUGAAUAACCUUGGACUUCAA